AUGGCGCUGGUGGCGGUCGUCGGUCGGGCGGUGAGGUCGCCUCGCGCGAGGGAGGUGUUGGCAUCCGCGGCCUCGCGGCCUGGCGACGCCGAGCGCCUGCCACAGAGCGGCUCGUCUGGGCCCAGCCGGCCCGGGGCCGCACCUCCCCCCGGCCUCAGCCCCACCGCGAUGGCACCACUGGCCUUGGCGGGGAGCUGUGUGCCCAGGCCCCGCGUGAUGGCACUGACUGGGCAGAGCCGGUGCCCGCCGCAGCCCUCGGGUCCCCUCCUCGCCUCAGACAGGGCUGAGGUGAAGUCAGCCCACGUUGGGAGCCCAGAACCUCCGUUGGAUGGCGCCAUCCCAAUGCCCGGGUCUACCGUCUGCGCCCACCACACCGACACCCACGGCCGUCACGGGCUGACCUGCCAACGUCAGCGCGGACGGCGACCGGGUACCAGUGCCCGGGCCUCGGUCGGGAGCGUUCACAGCGGCGUCACGUCCCGCGGUCCCGCGGUGGGGAACUUCCUUCUCAAAGCGCCGCCUCAGCCCAAGGCAUUCGGUUGUUUCAAGGGCACAAGGAGGUGCUUUACAUCCAAUAACUCUGUCCCACUGCAUCGAAGCAAAACUGCCUACUACGAUCUCCUGCAGAUUUCUCCCACCGCCACUCGGAGCCAAAUCAAAACCGCUUACUAUAAGCAGUCGUUUAUCUUCCACCCGGACAAGAAUGCUGGCAGCGAGCAAGCGGUGCUGAAGUUUACCCAGAUCAGCGAGGCAUACUCGGUGCUGAGCAAUGGAAUCCUGCGUAGGAAAUAUGACCGCGGUAUCUUGACUCUGGUUGACCUGCAGAUGGAGAAAAGCCCCUCAGAUAAAACCUUGAUCCGAAAGCAACAUCAAACCAAGAUCACACCAAAGCAAUUCCAAUCUGGGAAACCCAUGUUCAAUUUUGACGAGUUUUACCGUGCUCACUACAGCGAACAACUGGAGAAGGAACGUAUUCUCCGCCUGAGGAAGGCGCAGUAUCGCAAAGAGAAGGAAGAUCUUGCGGAGCGAUUGCGGCUGAACAAGAUUGUGGAGGUCUCAAUGGCAAUGCUGCUUUUUGCAGGGAUGGCUUUGCUCUUGAAUUUCCGAAGCAAUAAAUAAACUGAUCAAAGGCA